GCCUGUGUGACGGAGCGUCACACACACCCACACACACAGACACACACAGAGUAACAAUAUGGCGCUGGGUGGAGUAGCUUUACGAUUUUGGCCAGUCGUUGUCUGAAAGACAGACGAUCGGACAGGAUGAACCUCUGCGCUCAAUAUUUACGACAGGCAGAGGCCCUGAAAGCUGACAUGACUGCAGACUCUAAGCUGGGAGCAGCAGAGGUGUGGACGUCCAGGCAGGCCCUCCAGGAUGUGUACCAGAAGAUGCUGGUCACCGACCUGGAGUACGCCUUGGACAAGAAAGUGGAGCAGGACUUGUGGAACCAUGCCUUUAAAAACCAGAUCACCACCCUGCAGAGCCAGGCCAAGAACCGGGCCAACCCAAACCGCAGCGAGGUGCAGGCCAACCUGGCCCUGUUCCUGGAGGCCGCCAGUGGCUUCUACACACAGCUGCUCCAGGAGCUGUGCACGGUGUUCAACGUGGACCUACCCUGCAGGGUGCGUUCCUCCCAGCUGGGCAUCAUCAGCAACAAGCAGGGGGUCUGCAGUGGCAUCGUCACGCCACAGAGCAGCUCCUGCUCCUACAUCUGCCAGCACUGCCUGGUGCACCUGGGAGAUAUAGCUCGUUACCGUAACCAGACCAGCCAGGCGGAGUCCUACUACCGCCACGCUGCCCAGCUGGUGCCCUCCAACGGUCAGCCGUAUAACCAGCUGGCCAUCCUGGCCUCCUCCAAGGGAGACCACCUCACCACCAUCUUCUACUACUGCCGCAGCAUCGCCGUCAAAUUCCCCUUCCCCGCUGCCUCCACCAACCUGCAGAAGGCCCUGUCCAAGGCCCUGGAGAGCCGUGAUGAGGUGAAGAACAAGUGGAACGUGGCAGACUUCAUCAAGGCCUUCAUCAAGUUCCACGGCCACGUGUACCUGAACAAGAGCCCGGACAAGCUGAGCCCUCUGAGGGAGAAGCUGGAGGAGCAGUUCCAGAGGCUGGUUCUGCAGAAAGCCUUCAGCUCCCAGCAGCUGGUCCACCUGACGGUCAUCAACCUGUUUGACCUGAACCACCUGAGGGACCUGAGUCUGGAGGGCACCGAGCAGACCUACAGCCCGGACCAGCUCACCAGCUGGGCCCAGCUCCUGGGCCUGUUUGUGUCCUUCCUGGGAGUGAUGUGCUGCCGGGUGCUGCUGAACCACCACCAGCACCAGGGGGAGCUGCUGGGCGAGUGUCCGCUGCCAGCCGUCAAGGUGUCCCUGGACUGGCUCCGCCUGCGGCCCAGCGUCUUCCAGGAGGGAGCCCUGCACCAGAGGCAGCACGUUUGGCCCUGGCUGGUCUCCAUCCUCAACAGCUUCCAGCCAUGUGAGGAAAUCAUGGCGCCAUCUGCUGGUGUCACUCCCCUGCCAGAGGAGUUUGAGCUGCAGGGAUUCCUGGCCCUCAGGCCUGCCUUGAGGACCCUGGACUUCAGUAAGGGCCACCAGGGCAUGCUGCUGGAUGGGGACACCCCCGCCCUCCAACCCCGCCACCACAGACUCAUCAGCCUGGGGAGAUGGAUCGCUGACACCCUUCCCUGCCUGAUGCGCUACCAGGCGAGCGACGAGGGCCAGCUCCUCUUCCUCAGCGACCUCCCGGGUCUGCCGGUCCCGGAGCCCCAGGAGCGGGAGGUGCCCGUCCUGCAGGAGUCGUCCAACGGCGAGGCGCACGACGCGGCCGCCAACAGGACCCUCAAGUCGGUGCUGUCGGCGGGCCGAGGCCCCGCCCCCGGCCCGGACGCCGGCGAGCGGCCCGUGGUCACCUUCAAGGAGAACAUCAAGCCCCGCGAGCCGAGCCGCGACGCGCCACCCGCCCGCGCCGGACACGCCGAGCGCCCGCGGGACCCCCCCCUCAAGGCCGUGGGCACGGCUGGGCGGGCGGAGCCCAAGAGGGAGGGCAAGAGGAAGUGUGAGGCCAAGAGGACGCUGCAGGACAAGGCGUGCGACGCCGGGAAACAGGUGAAGGGUCAGCCUGACCAGAGGAAGACCCCUGUGAGUCAGCCCCAGACCACCUGCUCCUCCCAGUUCAUCCCCAUCCACCACCCUGGAGCCUUCCCCCCUCUUCCCAGCCGACCAGGUUUCCCGCCGCAGGCCUACGUCAUCCCCCCCCCUGUGCCGUUCGCGGGCCUCCAGGUGAACCCGGGCUUCAGCUUCUCUGCGGGGGUCCCGGGUGCCUUCCUCCAGAACUCCGGCCCCCAGCCCAACUCCGCCUCCUCCCAGGGCCCGGGAGGGAAGCCAUCCCACAUCCCGUACAGCCAGCAGCGGCCGUCGGCCCCCGGGCCAGCACCCGGGCCGGGGGGCCCGGGCCAGCAGCCCGCACCCCAGCAGCUGCAGGUGCAGACCCUGCCGCUCCAGCAGCAGCAGCAGUCCCCCACCAAGCCGGUCCAGAUGGGGAAGAGCCCCCCACACAUUCCGGGCAUGCAGCAGCAGUACAUGCAGGUCCAGGAGCAGCCGGCCCCCAUGUGGGGCCAGGGCCAGGCGGGGGUGCAGAAGAUGCAGAUGCAGCCCGCCAAGCAGUCCCAGCAGCAGCCCUACUUCCUGUCGCCUCAGGCCCCUCCCGGCCCGCUGGACAACAGCAACAAGGGGAUGAAGUUCCCCGACGUGGUCCAGAUGCAGGACUACUACUGGGAGCAGGCCGCCUACCGCAUGGGGGGCGGGGAGCGAGGCCUGGGGAAGAGACCCCCCCCUGGAGGCUUCUGCCCCGAGGCCGACGCCCCGUCCGCCGCUGGGCCCCGCGGAGCUCCGUUUGAGCAGGAAAACAGGGGCUCGGUCCUCCUGCCAGAGCUGGUCAAAUCUCUGGCCGACUUGGAGGAGACGGGGGAGGGCCUGCUGUGUACUAAAGCCCCUGGUUUCUACCAGGCCCUGGCAGGGCCUCUUAGCACUGCUACCAGACACAGCCUGUUUCUGCCAAGUCAGACCAGGAUGGACGGCGUCUCGGACAUGAUCAGCCAGUCCUCUUCCCUGCUGCCCAUGAGCGGCUUCCCCAUCCAGGAGAACUUCCAGAACAACAGCAUCUUCAGCCAGGCAUAUGGCCACCAACUGGCACCCCACCCCAAGCCCGAUGCUCCCAUGAUGCACCAGGAGCCCUCGCUCUACUCCCUGUUCGAGGGCACGCCCUGGUCCCCCUCGCUGCCCGCCAGCUCAGACCAGUCCACCCCGGCCAGCCAGUCCCCCCACUCCUCCAACCCCAGCAGCCUGCCCUCCUCCCCCCCCACCCACAGCCACGCCGCCACCCCCUUCUCCAACUUCGGGCCCAUCGGCACUCCGGACAGCCGGGACCGCCGGCUGCUUGACCGCUGGAAGACCGAUAAGACCGGGGGUGUUGGGGGCCUAGGCUUGGACUACCUGCCCUCGGGGCCGGUGGCUCCAGACCCCAGCUGGCACCAGCCCGGCCCGGCAAACAGCUCCUGGGCCGGCCAGGACACGCCCAUGGAGGACUCCUCCACCGUGCUGCUGGACAGCCUCAAGUCCAUCUGGUCCAGCUCCAUGAGGCAGCCGGGCCCGUCCGCCCUGGAGCAGCUCCUCCUGCAGCAGAAGCAGAAGCAGCAGCGGGCCCACGGCAACAUGAACCCCCCUCACUGAGCAGCAGCGCCCCCUGCUGAGGGGGGAAUACCUGGAGGAACACCCACAUUACUGUGGGGAGCGGUGGAGGGGAGUUGACCCCGCCACCCACCCACCCACCCAAGAGCCCCAACGACGGGAGCCACGGUUGCUAUGAUCUGUUGCCGAGGCGCGCCUCACCACAUGGGAGGACAGGGGGGAGGGCAAGCGAGCAAGCUCUCUCUCUCUCCAUGCCGCCGCCGAAAAACCCAAGGUCCGGGUUCAACUGUAAGCCCCAGACUCAGAACAGACCCCUCCUACACACACACACACACACACACACACACACACACACACACACACACACACACACACACACACACACACACACACACACACACACACACACACACACACACACACACACACACACACACACACACGUGUAGGACGAACCCCCCUCCUUUCGGACCUCUUCUCUUCCUCGAGCGAAAGUCUUCCCAGGAACGACGUCACGACUCAACGAUGAUCUCUGAUUGGCUGUUUGCUCCCGGCGGAUAUCUCUUUUUAAAGACGCUCUGUGGAGGGAGGGAGGGAGGGAGGAGAUGGUUGGGAUAAAGGGGGGAGGAAGAGGGAGACAGAGGGGAAGAGCAGUCGUGUGGCGUUAUUUUCCUGGGGGAAGAGCCCUGGAGGUAUACUGGGGCGGUCUCUCAUGUCUUCACUACUUUUACUUGUUAUGGAGAGAGGCAGGAAGGAACUAUCUUUGGCUGGUUUCUGUCUUCGUCGAUGAAGACUUUUUUUUUUUUUUUUUCUAAGCGUGUGCCAAUGGUGGCUGCACACGGCCGGAGGUGUUUUUUCCGCCGGUCGAGAGAGAGGGAGGUGCGGUCCGCGGUGCACUUCCACCUUCUCACCACAAGGUCGCUCUGUCGAGCUUGGAGACACAAACAUUGUAGGAGGAGUAAAGAACGUUUAAAAAAAGAAAAAAGUUAAACUUAAGUAUUCUGAUAAAUACACAAUACUGUAUUUAGUGAUGUGUCUCUUCUCUGUCGCCCCGUUUAGCGUCAUUAACUCUGGGGUACGUGUCUGGUAGUUUCUGCUUUUAAAGGGAGCUCCUCUGCUUAAAGCUGAAGUUUGAACUUCUCAGCCCCAAUGUCUUUGUGUUUAAAAAAGAUACAUUAAUAAUCACAGCAUUGUAAGCGCUGCUGCAGCUGUUUGCUUUGCGAGCGUUGGUUCUGUUUAGUUUGUUGCUAUCCUGCCUGUUGCCUGUUUUCUGCCUGCUUCCUCUCUGGAGUCCCCUGCCGUUUGGGGUGGGGUCGGGAAGAUCCCGCUGGACCGAGGCGGACUCUGAGAAUGUAAUCCCUCUUUUCUUCUCUCUAAACGGAACCCGGUGACGCACUCUGAACGACCGGCGCUCUUUACAGCGUUUAGUCUUUUUUCUGUUCGUUUUUUAUAACCGCAGUAGUUGGGUCCGCAGAGGAAGUCGGUGAAAGUUAUCAUGAUGUGCCCCCGUAGCUCUUAAUGAAUGGACCCCCGGCCCGGGUCACCCCAGAGCCAGUGUGUCUGCUGGCGAUGACCAACCGCGACAGAAAUGAGUUGGACGCCAGCCUAGUGAGUCUGAGGUAGCGGCUGGAUGUGGCGGUUCUGGCUCCACCAGUGGAACCCUAGGUGUUCCACGAGGUACCGAACCACGAAGCGGUUUGCGACGGCGAAGGACCCGCUUUUUUAUUUACUUGCGGAUCUUUUUAUUAAAACUGACUUUAGAAAACGACGCGUCUAUUUUCCGUUGUGAUUGUGCUUCUCUUGUUGCAUUUACAAAUGUUAUUCAAAAACAAAACGUUUGAGUUCGGUUGGGACUGUGAGACCGGAUGCUGGUGGUAGAAACCCGAUCACACUAGAAGACAUUAGCUUGGAGAAAAAAAAAAGAGGAAACUAUAAAAACCAGCACACAACUCUACCAGGUGGUUCUGAACCCGGACUGUUUUUUGGAAGUGGGUUCUGGAUAAGUGUAAACGCAGCAAACCCGAAAAGGCCGCUGCUGGCGUUGCCAUGGUAACGAUGCAGAGUGGCGGGAAGGUCCGGUGGUUGCUUAUCAUAGUUCGGUGUAGCCUCUCUCCACUUUCACAACUGUUGGGAUCUGACCUUAAUAAACGUUGAUCAUGUUCUCCCUUUCAAA